AGCGGCUUCUACAUCGCCCUCGGCACGGUCGCUGCCUCCAUAUUCUUCUACUCGGUCUCGCGAACGGGCGAGGACGGCAAGCCAUCGGCCAUCCACAGGGCCCUGGAGCAGUGGGCAGACCUGAAGGACAAGUGGGAAGUCAGGAACCAGCUUACCACGGCGGCUGUGGAGCAGGCAGGUCGCGACAAGAACAUCUUCAUCAACGCCCCGAGAAAUACACACUAUGAGCUCAGGCAUCCCGAGGCCUUUCAACACGGGUCGCCAUUCAACGUGCCUGCUGGCCACUACGUGAACAUGGACAAGGUGGUGGCACACUACAGGAAGCAGCAUCUCGACGAAGAGGAGCGCAAGGCCAAGAAUCUGGCGGCGGCUGAGUAG